AUGAGUAGUAAAGCAUGUAUAAAUAUAAAGAAUAAGUACGACCGCGUCGUGGUGUUGGUCGAUAUGGAUUGUUUUUACUGUCAAGUAGAGGAAAAACUAAAUCCCGAAAUAAGAGGCAAACCUAUAGCCGUUGUCCAGUAUAACCCAUGGCAGGGUGGAGGCAUUAUUGCCGUGAACUACCCAGCACGAGCAAAAGGGGUCACUCGCCAUAUGCGUGGCGAUGAAGCGAAACAACAUUGCCCUGAAAUUGAGCUGCCGCAAGUACCACAGGUGCGUGGUAAGGCCGAUAUAUCCAGGUACCGCGAGGCGGGAAAAGAGGUGGCUGAUGUUCUUAAAAGUUUCACGCCUUUGCUCGAGCGGGCCAGCAUCGAUGAGGCAUACCUAGACAUAACCGAACGUGUGGUAACGAGAAUUCGCGAGAUGAACGAAGGAAAGUUUCAUUUACUACCGGACAAACUUUCCAACACGUUUGCCGUUGGGUACGAAAACAUUGGACAGUUCGUUAGGAAGCUUUCGGGUACGUUCGAUAGUAGCACCGCCGAGAACAGCACAUCGGACAAGUUUGAAUUUAACAAAAGCGAUCUCAAGCUGCUGGUUGGUGCUUCGAUAGUCAACGAAAUACGCGCAGCUGUGAAGGAAAAAACGGGCUUCGAUUGUUCAGCCGGCAUUGCUCACAACAAGAUCCUAGCGAAGCUAACAGCAGGAUUUCACAAGCCCAACAAGCAGACAAUACUGCCGAUAGAUAGCAUCCCAAAAAUGUACGAAACUCUACCACUGAAGAAGGUGAAAGGGCUUGGAGGCAAACUGGGCGAUCAGGUGUGCGAGGUGCUUAAAAUAACGUUCAUGUCGGAGUUGGUUCAGUUUCCGGAGAGCUUACUGCAGCAGCAUUUUGAUGAGCGGAUGGGCAGCUGGAUGUAUCUGAUGGCUCGAGGCAUCGAUCUGGAAGCGGUAACGGCAAAAUUUCAUUCCAAAAGCAUUGGCUGCUGCAAGCGAUUCCCUGGAAAGAACGCAAUCACCGGACUUGCAACGUUGACACACUGGUUGAAUGAGCUAGCAUCAGAGGUCAUGGAACGGCUUGAGAAGGACCUGGACGAAAAUAACCGUACGGCCAAGCAGCUUACAGUGAGCUACAGCCAACAAAUCGAAAACACCGAUGUGGCCAGCACAAGAAGCAUUCCGCUGGUGGUGUAUGAUAAGGAGCGUAUUGCCGUCGAUUCGCUGGAAGCCAUCAAGCGUAACACGGAACGAUUUUUCAAACUCAACUCAACGACGGCUUUAAAUAAUGCCAUUAAAUUCCUGGGAAUUAGUGCUGGGAAAUUCGAGCCAAAUGCCGGCGGUAAAAGUGGACGAAUAAAGCAAAUGUUUCAGUGUUACACUUCAAAGAAGACGAACGCGGAAGACAUCAGUCAAGCUGUACCGGAAGCACAUAAAUCAGAGCCUCUAAUAGAAGCGCAAACAAAGGAUAAACCAACCAAUGAAUCGACAUCAGAGGCUAGUAAGCCAAAAAGGAACAUACAGCAUUUUCUGCAAAAUCAAGCCUCGCUAGUAUCAACUUCAAAAGGGGAACCCAAUAAAAGCCACCCAAUCAAGGAAAUAAAAGUUGGAGAAGAUUUACAACAUGCCAGUACCUCAGGAACUGUGAUAUCACGUGAAACGGUCAAUCAAAGGAAAGAUAUGAAAUAUUUUAUACAGCAACAGCGUGACAAAUCUGUGUCUUCCGAUACUAAAAAUCAAUGCAUCGAAAAACACCUCGACAGCAAUGAUAAAGAGCUCUAUGAUGCGACAACGCCUACAAUCAACGACAACGCUCCAGAGCAACAACAAAAUGAUGUAAAAAAUGCUGCUGAAGAAAACAACUAUCAACAAAAUCGCCAAGAGGAAGAUCAGCAAGAAAUAGUCGACGAUGCCUUACCUGCAUCAGAGGUAGUUGAUAAGGUUGAAGCGCCAUCAUGUAGCUAUAAGACGACCUAUGCUGAAUUUUAUUACAACAACCCGGAGCCAACUGCUGUAACUGUAGAAUGUCCGCAGUGCCGAAAGCAAGUACCAGAGUACGAGUUUCAAUCUCACCAGGACUUUCAUUUUGCGCUCUCCUUGAGCCAACAGCAGCGUGAUGAAUUUCGUAACGAUUUGAAGAUGAAACAAAUGGCAACCAGUCAGGAUGUUAAUUCACCGCUUAAUGCAAAGCGAACAUCGAAGGCGUCUGCGACUGCCUCGAGAGCAACAUCCGGAUCUACCAAUGGCACUACGUCAACGGCAGGUCCAUCGAUUACUCGAUUUUUGGAGAAAAUUCCAGCGACUCACAGGGUAGAACGGAGUGAGCAAGAGAAAGAUGAUCAGAUAAUGCAUCACCUCAUCAAAUGUUCCGAAUGCGGGGAGCUAGUGGAACCACAAUCCAUAACGGAACACAAUGAUUACCAUGUGGCGAAGCGCCUUCAGCAGGAACUGAGACGACUCGAGCCUCCAUCGCCAUCGGUUUCCAGCAAACCCGUCGUAACUUUGCUGACUACCAAUUCAAGCAAUGCAAGCAACAACUUAAAACGAAAGCGCCCAGCUGUAAAGGAGAUGAUGGCAGAACCCAACAAGCAGAAGCACAAAUCAGUGUCAUCUUUCUUUACCAAACUUUGA